UGCGUACACAACGCCACGCACUGAAAUCGAAAGUGUUUUUGUUUCUUUUACUGCUCAUAUUUAAUGUUGCCUAGGCUUAGUUUGUGACUGGAAUUUUGAAAAGCAACACAGAGUGCAAUGCAAACAUUACAAGUGGCCAAAUUGCCGGCGGCGGCGGCGACGGCAAAGAAAAUAACAGAGUGUCGUCAUAAUUUUAUAGUGUUAUUAACUUUGGUGUUGCUGCUGUUGCUUGGAUUAUGCAAGGGCGAUGGAGAAAAUAUGCAAAAAUAUGCGAAUGAAUCAUUGACACCAGCAGACGCUUCGAACUGGUCCCAGUUUCUGGAAGAUUAUGUGCUAAGCCAGAGCAGCAGUCAACGCAUGUCGAAGGAUCUGCCGUAUAUGGCUGGCGACUUUAAUGCGCCGAUCAACUAUCAUAGCUCAGCCUAUAAACGUCCCGGCAACAACAUCUACAUAACACGCCGCAUAGGCGAAGCUGUGGAAUUGGAACCACAUCUGCGCACACCUGUGGAAACUCAAGCGCCCAUGGUGAAUCCUCAAUUUAGACCUAUGACCAAUCAAAUGCUGCAUCAACAGCAGCAGCAGCAGCAUAUGCAACAACAACAACAGCAGCAGCAGCAACAGCGUCAGACACCUGGAUUCUUUCAGCAACUAUUUGGCAUUGGUGGCUCCGGCGGGGCUGCCAGCAGCACACCUGCAGCACCACCGCAGCAGCAACAGCAGCAGCAUAUGCGUCCCAUACAGCAACAUCAGCAGCAUCUUGCACCACACGGCAGUGGAGCGCCCCCCAACACGUUUCGUGCCGUUUCUGAAAAUGAUUUGUAUCUCCUAGGCGCCAUUGAAAAGUUGGUCUAUCGCGUGGAUUAUUUGGAAAGUCGCGUGCGCCGAACAGAGCAACUGCUUUACCAUCUGAUGGCUGGCAAUAAUCAGAAGGAAGUGCGUGAUCCUUGCCCCACCAACUUUACACGCAUCAGCGACAAUUGCUAUUACAUCAACAGCCAACAGCAGGUGAACUGGAAGACGGCCAACUCAGCCUGCAAAGGUCUAUCAGCUCACUUGGCUGAAUUCGAAAAGGUCUCGGAGAAUGAAGAGAUCAUGGCCUAUUUGUUGAAUCAGCCAGCGCAUAGAGGUCGCGACUUUUGGUUAGGUGGCCUUAACCCAGGUCUAUUAUGGAUUUGGGCCAACUCUGCCAAGCCUGUCAAUCCGAAUACCAAUUUAACAUUCAUUGCCAUGUCACAAAAGACGGAAAACUCCACAGCUGCCAAUUUGGUAGACAGCAAUGAGUCAAGUGCAGCGAACAAGAACAAGGAGAAGGACAAGGACGCAAAUGUGCUCAACAAUACGCUGCAGAUUGAAGGCAAAGGUCGUUGCUUGCGCCUAAGCUAUAAUGCUGGCAAACAUAGUUACAACUAUUAUGGACAGGAGUGCACUACGAGGCAUCAUUACAUUUGCGAGCUCGAAGACAAGACACUGGACAACAAAAUACAGAAAAUAGCACGCGAUCUAAAGUUGUUUGACUAAAGCUGGUGGUACUAAGUUAAAAAAAACGCACAAUAUUUAUAGUU